GGAGAGGGAGAGAGAUUCAAAAACACCAGAAUCAGUGAUUGGUUGUCCUGAUCCUGGUUCAUGGGUCUAUGCUGAACCACUGAGCCACACCUGUGGGGCCUGACCUAGUAUUUGUUUCUUUGCAGACUUCAGAAUUCAAGAAAAUUAGUAUGCUUUUCGUGCAACUUUAAGUAACAGAGCUUCGCACAGCAGUGUCAUCAAGGGAGCAGAUGGGCAUGUAUUUUUAUUGUAAAUUUAAUAUAAGUAAAGGUGAUAUAUAAAUUUUAUAUUGAGUAAUUACAUAGUAGUUUCUUGCUAUUCCAGGAUCAAAAAAGUAAACAUUGUGGAGGGACACUGACAUGUUUGGAGAGAAAUGGGAACACAUACAAUGAAAGAGUAACAUUGAAAGGUAUGGCCUCCUCUGCAUCUCUGAAUUGAGGUUGGCUUCAGCAUUGACUUCGUUCUCAGAAAACGGGCUGCUCCUUUGUAGAGGAGAUUCAUAUGUUCAGUCAUAGCUGGAGUUUUUCAGAUUCCUGACAUUCAAAAAAACGUGAUUUUUAAUACACUUCUACUACUUUAAUCAAUCAACAAUGGAUUGGAAUGCUAAACCGAAUAGUGUCACCUUACAACCAAUGUAUCCUAAAAAACAGUCAUCUCUUUUGGAGCCGAGUAUAAUGAACACACCAUCUCAAGUUCCUUUAAACCCUCCUGGAAGUAACCAUCCUCCAUGUAUGUUUCGGAGUAACUCAAAUCCAGUUUCACAGUCACCUCUCAACAUCAGAAAUACAACUUCCCAACAAAUCUCUGCUUCUGAUAAACAUAGUAGGACAAUUUUUGCCUCACAAGCUUCAUUGGAAAGAAAAACUUAUGCAAAUGUAAAUGGACCCAAUCAACUAAAUAACAGUUUGCAAAUGUCUCCAGGAGUUGCACAAAAUGUGUGGGCAAACUCACCAGUGAGAAAUUCUAUGUUUUCUCAUACAGGGGCAGCUGUUUCUCAACAAACUGGUUUUAGAACUAAUCCACCAAAUGUAAAUGCACUACAGAAUCAAUUUGUAACAUCAGAAAUCUAUCCUAUGCAAGGACAGACGGUCCCUUCUAAUUCUGUAAGAGUUCCUGUAACUUAUCAAGGACACCAGAGACUUACCUCAUCUUUAUCAGAGCGACAGGCUGACUGGGCACAACAGUAUACAUCCAAUGGACUGACUUAUGCAGAUUACAGACCGCAUCCAGAGCAAUACAGUUAUCCACCACAAAGCUUUUUGCAAAGUCCUACUCUUCAGAAACAAAAUACUAUGCAACUUACAUCAGUACACGUUAAAAAUAGUCAUCAUUCAAAUUCUGCACUGACAUUACAGUCAAAGCAGAGUGCAUCUUUACCAUCCUAUCAAGUUGCAGUUAUUCAGAAUGAAAAAAGACUUCUUCCUCCUUAUGACUGUAGGUACGCAAGCCAAACAUUACAAAAUACUCAGCAUAUUAUUACUCACUCUUCAGAAGUUCCUCAGAGUCAAAAAGUUCAUACUUCUGAAAUGAGGAAAGACUUUUGCAGGGGCUUUCAACAGCAAAGCCUCAAUGAAAAUGUCAGUAUACCUGGAAAUUUUUGUAACAUGAAAGUAAAUACUAAUGUCAAUCAGCCUGUUAGUGAGCCUACUAGAUCUGUGGACGAUGUUCAGAUUCUUCAUCAAAAUAAUCAAGAAGAAAGAGUGGAUUUUUCUAAUAUGACUUCAGAUCAAGCACUGGACACAAAUAUUGUAAAAGAGAAGUUAGUGAAGGAUAUUAAACAAUUAGUAGAAAUGAGAAAGAAAUUUUCUGAACUGGCAAGGAAAAUUAAAAUUAAUAAAAAUGUUUUGAUGUUAGCAGGUUGUACUAAGGCUAAUAGUGAAACACCUCAAAAUUCUGAACUGUCUCUGAAACAAACUGGCAAAACCCAGAUUGGACCCCAUGUAACCCCAGCCACUCCAGAGACUGCAGUGGAUAAAUCACCAAAAGCAGUGGAAAUAGCAGAAGAAACAAAUAGAAUGCGCAGUACAUUGAAUUCUAAUAUUCAAGAGACGAACUGCAGGAAUUCUAACCAGGUUAAUUCGAUUUUACUAAAUUCUGUGUGUUUGGGAAAGGGGCCAGUGCCAGACCAGUUACAUAAUUUAAAAGAUACCACAUCUUUCAAGAUGCCAACUAUGGAGAAGAACCAGUUUUCAUCAGGAAAUACAGUCAGUGUUGAAAAUGUGCAAACCAAUUCUGAAACAAUUUUAGUUCCUCAGUCUAUGGCCUCUGAGUCAUAUGCUUCAAAAUAUCUAAAUGAAAAUAAGCUACUUAUCAGUCUCCUUGCACAUGGAGAUGAAAUUGAGAAAAGGUUAAUGAAAGAUGGUUGUGAAGCUAUUAAGGAUUCUAAUCCACACAGUUUUAAAAUGAAUGCUAAUACCCAAAUCACUAAUAACCAACUGAAAUUGAAAACCAUGGAAACUCCAAGCUCUUGUAAUAUUAUUGCCAAUGUAUCAGAAAAUUCUUUUUGCCUGGACCAUAAAUUCCCUAAAACUGGAGUACCUCUGAAUGCUGACAGUCAUUUGGAAUUGCUAGCAACAUGCCUUAAUCUGUGGAAAAAAAACCCUUCUGAACCUACAGAGAAAAAACCGUGUAAUGAGUUAACAACACAGAGAACAGCAGUUGAAAUCUCAAAAGCUGGGGAAAUCUGUGAUAAAACUCCAGUUUCACUUGUGGGAUAUUCUCAGAAUAAGAUGGAAAACUGCUCACAAGUAACAACUCUGCCAAUGGCAGUGCAAACUUAUGAAUCUCCAGGUGCAACUACUAUUAAGGGAACAGAACUUCAGAUUGCUGUGGUGUCACCCUUAAUUUCAGAUAUCAAAACAUUGCCUGUCAAAGGAAUAACACCUGAUCCUUUACCUGAAACAGUCUAUCCGGUUAUUAAAGAAGGCAGUGUAUGUAGUUUGCAGAAUCAAUUGGAAGAAAACACAAGAGUGACUGCUGUAUUGAAAGUGAACGACCCAGUUACAACAAAUAAGGUUUUGCCACUAAUUCAGAAGGAAAAGCGAAAUACUUCAACUAAUGGUAAUUCAGAAGAUGUACCUAAUACCAAUCAAGGAAAUCCAAUAGAAUCUGAACCAAAUAUUCACUAUCCUGUGAGUGAUCAUCAAGCUUCAUCUAACUCUAAAGACAAUGAUACUGUGAGUAGUGAGUUGUUGCAGAUUGACAAUAUAUGUUCUCUGGUUGAAGGUGAUACAUCUUAUAAUUAUCAAAUAGCAAAGAUAUUCAACUCACCUCCUAUUGAACAGAUUGAGUCACAGAAAUCAUUACCUAAUCUCCAAGUGAUUAGUACUAAAAAACAAAAAGAACAAUUAGACAAUAUCACUGAAAAGAUAGAGCUUGGUUUACAAAAAGAUAAUUUUUUACAGUACACAGAUGUUUUACAUAAAAUACCUGAUCAAUCAAAGUCACCACAAUCUCUAGAGUCAUAUUUGAAGAAUGUUGAUUCAAGUAGUGAAAAUAAAGAGGAAAACAAUUUGAAGCAUUAUAGUAAAAAAGUAAGCACAGCUAAAGAUGUGUGUUCAUCAGCUGCUCUUAAUCAGGACAGUAACCUCCAGGAAAUUGAUGUGUCCUGCAAUCACACUGCCCAGGACCCUGCAGUAAAUGAGGUUCUUGAUAAGACACCCAUUUUCUUCCCACACAAUCAGCUUUCAGAACUCUCAAAAGAAUUUCCCUAUGGUAUUGAACCUGUGACUACACAUGAAGAUUCUCCAGCAAAACAAAUAACAGACAAAAACUCAAAAGAUGAGUCUUGUGAUAAAACCAGCUGUGACUCCAAAGAUGCAGCUGACCACAUAAAAAUUACAAUAUUAAACUCAGAGCAAAUGAAAGAAUUAUUUCCCGAACAGAAUGAUCUAUCUGCGUUAGACAAAUUUACAAACUCUGAGAAAGAAAACCCUGUCACAAAAAAAGGAAUCCGCUGUGACUCACCGGUACAUACAGAUGGAGAAAGUCCCAAUUUUGUUAUGGAUUCAGAGAAAGAUGAUGUCCGUUGCUGUGCAUUGGGUUGGCUCUCUAAUGUUUAUGAAGGAGUUCCCCAGUGCCAGUGUAAGUCCAUCAAUAACUUGACUUCAAAGGUCGAAAAUGGGAAAGAUCAGUGUUCUCUGGAGACCAACAGUUAUAAGCAAGGAGAGAGUACUUCUGAUAAAGAUUAUUCCAUAGUAUGUAAUAUUUCUCCAAAUAACAAUCCAAAGAUUGCGCUGACUUUUCCGAUCGGGAAAAACCCUUUUUCUGAAACAGCACAAGGCAGGACUAUGAAAGAUCUAUCAGAACCAAAAUGCAGCUCAAUAAGGACAGAACAAGAAUUAUCCGCUCCAUCUUUUUCUAAAGGGGAUAAAAAACUAGAUUCCUUAAAAUGUCACAAAAAGAAAAGAAAACUGAAAUUUCAUGAGAUGACUUUUCAUUCUAGUGCUAAAAGAAAGUUUUCCCAAGAGAGCUCGCAGAGAAAGAUCAUAGCACAAAAUUCAAGUCCACCUAAAGCAAAGCCAGGUUUCUGGACAAAUAAAAAUAAAGAUUUGCAUAUAAAAAAUGGUACUUUUGUACAGAAAUUAUUGCCAGAAAAGAUAAAAUUGGCAACAGGUGAUCGUCAGCGAAAAGUUUCAGCAAAAAGGAAGUUAGGUGAAGGGAGCAUACUUAAUUCAGAGGUAAAGAAGAUGAAGUGUUUUAAACAAGAGCAAAAUAAAAAUGGAGAUGGUACUUUGAAAACGUGUACUCCUUUGUCAAACCCCGAUGGAAGAUCCAAAGUUAAAGAAAAGACAGUAUCUAAUGUUAAAUCAUUAGGCUCUACGUCUAAGGAUAAUUUGCCUAAAGUUGUUAUAACGUUAGAGCAGUAUUUGCAAAGGCAGAAGCAUAAAGAAGCAAUGGGUGUCAAAGCAUCAAAAUUAAACUGUGAGAAAAGUAUACCGUGUGAUUCUCAACCCAUGAGGUCCAGUAAACUUUCUAUGCAAGUGGGGAGUUCUGGGAAAUUGGAUGAGAGACACAGUAGCAGUGUGCAUACUUCUGAAGAAUCAUUAAGUAUUUGUUCAAGCCAUGAUAAAAACACAAAAAUUCACCAUUCUCAUGUUUCUAAAUCAUACCUUUUGGGGAAUGCUAAAGAAACAGUUGAUGGAAAGCAACCUGAUAAAAUGUUCAUUGAUAAAACCAAAUUAGAUAAAAAUUUAAAUAACAUAAACAAUGGAGGUGAACGCAACCACUUGUCUCCCCAAGCAAAGGAGCAAAGGAAACAAUAUCUGAACCGAGUUGCAUUUAAAUGUAUUGAACGAGAGAGCAUUUGUCUCACAAAACUUGAGAGUUUGCCGAAAAAUAUUAAUAAAGAGAAGAGAGUGGAAAAUAAACCUUUACCUCAGAAAAAUACCACAGAAAAACAAAGCAUGCUGGAGUUUAAAUUAUGUCCAGAUGGACUGAUAAAUACGAAGAUAAAUCCCACUGAAGAACAGAAGGAUCUGCAACCUUGUCCUAGGAAGGAGCAAGCCCCUGUGCAAGGAAUAAAAAGUUCCAAAGAAGACUGGAUAAAAGGUGCACCUGAGGAGAAAAGGAUUCCAGAAGCCAACCCAGAAAUAGGAGUCUGUAACUCAGAGCCGUUGUUGGUUCGGUUCCGGCGCCUCCACUCCAACCCCCGUGGGUCUCUUCUGUAUGCAACGGAUGGCAUUGACCUAGACAAAGCAGCUGGUACAAAGCGGGGACCUGAUGAGCUCUCCUCUGCCUGCAUAACUACAGGACCUAACUCAGCUUCCACAGCAAAUGAAAAUGACAGGAAGAAGUUUAAAGGUGACAGCACCACGUUGAAAGGUGACAGCAAGAAGUUGAAUGGUGACAAUAAGUUGAAAAUUGACAGCAAGAAUUUGAAUGGUGACAAUAAUUUGAAAAUUGACAGGAAGAAGUUGAAUGGUGACAAUAAGUUGAAAAUUGACAGCAAGAAUUUGAAUGGUGACAAUAAGUUGAAAAUUGACAGGAAGAAGUUGAAUGGUGACAGCAAGAAGUUGAAUGGUGACAAUAAUUUGAAAAUUGACAGCAAGAAGUUGAAUGGUGACAAUAAGUUGAAAAUUGACAGCAAGAAGUUGAAUGGUGACAAUAAGUUGGAAAUUGACAGCAAGAAGUUGAAUGGUGACAAUAAGUUGGAAAUUGACAGCAAGAAGUUGAAAGGUGACAGGGAGAAGUUGAAGUUGAAAGGUGACAGCAGGAAAUCUCAUGGUGAUAAGUUGAAAAUUGACAGUGAGAAGUUGAAAAGUGAUGGCAGUAAGUUGAACGGUGACAGCAAUAAAACGAAAGGCAACAGUAAGAAUUCCACAGGUGACAACAGAAGUUCAGGUGUUCCCUCCAGAGUGAUCUGCAUCGGGAAGCUCCCUGGGGAUGUCACUGAGGAUGAGGUCAUUUUUCUGGGACUGCCUUUUGGGAAGGUCACCAACUUCCUGAUGAUGAAAUGGAAAAACCAGGCAUUCAUUGAGAUGAACACAGAGGAGGCUGCCAUCACCAUGGUGAACUACUAUACCUCCAUGAAACUCAUGCUUCGAGGCCAGCCCAUCUACAUCCAGUUCUCCCACCAGAAAGAACUCAAUACCAGCAGUUCACACAACCAGGCACAGGUCCAAUCAGCCUUGCAGGCUCUGAACUCAGUAAAGUCCAAGAAUGUGGCUCCGGCUGCCUCGGCUGGUGCUGUGGGUGUAGGCACUAUAGAAGCAGGUCCUGUUGUUGCUAUGAAUGCGGCCACUGUGGAUGCUGUGGAUGUGGGGGCGGGCCCUGUGAGCUCAGUAGUUGUGAGCGCAGGCUCUGUGGGCACGGGUGCUGUAUGCUCAGGCACUGAUGAUGCAGGCCCUGUGGAUGCAGGUACGGUGAUGACUGGCCAGAGCCCAGUGCUCAGGAUUAUCUUAGAGAACCUCUCCCACCCAUUCUCCCUGGACAUGCUUCACCAGAUCUUUUCCAAUUUUGGCAGAGUUUUGAAAAUCACAACUUUCACCCAGAACAACAUGUUCGAGGCACUGCUGCAGUUUGCUGAACCAUGGAGCGCCGAGCUCGCAAAGGUGUUUCUGGACAGUUGGAACAUCUUCGGUUGCACAGUUCGCGUCAGCUUUUCCACCUCUUCCAUCCUCAAGGUGAAGUACGACAGCAGCAAGAGCCGAGUCUACACCUAUCCUGACCUACCCUGGCAUGACGGCCAGCCCUUACAGAACCAGGCCAUGGCCUCGGCCUUCAGUGCUGCUCCGAUAAUGUCAGCCCCUGUGAAAUCAGGAGGUGGUUUUCCUUCCACCCUUGAUAUUCCUCAAGCUGCAGGCCUCUGUGAUCCCAAUGAGCUCCUGGCCCUGCCCCCUGUGGCCAUCCCAUUGGUGUCAGGGGUAGCAACAGCGGAAGCAAGCCUGACUGCCAUCACAGACCCUGCACCUGUGGCCAACCAUUCGGUGUUGGGGGCAUCAACAGAAGAAGCAGGUCAGAUUGCCAUCCCAGGCCCAGCAGGGGCUGGAAAUUGUGUCCUGCUGGUCAAGAACCUCAACCCUGAGAGAAUCACAAUCCAAAACCUCUUCAUUAUUUUUGGUGUGUAUGGCGAUGUCCAGCGGGCGAAGAUUUUCUUUAAAAAUAAGACGCGAGCUCUGGUGCAGAUGGCUGAUGGGAUCCAGGCCCAGCUGGCCAUGAGCCACCUCAAUGGGCAUAAGCUGCACGGAAAGCCUAUGCUCAUCACGGUCACCCCGUACAAAAAUGUGCAUCUUCUUCAUGAGGGCCAGGCAGACCUGGGCCUCACCAAAGACUACAGCAACUCACCCCUGCACCGCUUCAGGAAUGCAUGCCCCAAGAAGUUCCAGAAUGUUUUCCCACCCUCAGAGAACCUGUACCUCUCCCAGAUACCACCCUUCACAUCCGCACACAACCUCAAGGCCCUCUUCUCCAGCAACGGCAGACUUGUCAAAAAACUCAAGUUCUUCAAGAAGCACAGUAGCAUGGCGCUGAUCACAAUGGGUUCAGUGGAAGAGGCAAUCCAGGCGCUCAUCGACCUGCACUAUUAUGAACUGGGAGAAAACCACCACCUUUGGGUGACCUUUGCCAAAAUACCUGUUGACAACUUUCAUCUUUCUAGAAAACAGCCACUUUCAAAGCAGCUGAAGUGACCUUAAAAUACCAGAGUUGUUUUUUUUUUUAAAGACAAAUCAGUUUACCUGUUUUUUAACACUAGAUUGCC